AUGGGCGCCUCAAUCUCCUGCCUCGGGGCGAGGCCUGACUCCAAGACCGACGCGGACAAGGUCGGCGACACUCACAAGGCUAUCAUCAUUUCCGGAUACCCUGCCAUCGGAAAGACCCAUUUUUCAUCUAACAAGGACGAGCUGCUCAAAGAGCUUGGGUUGGAGGUCUACGAUCUGGACUCGAGCGCAUACAGCUCCAAGCCCGAGUUUCCUCAGAACUAUCUGGCCGACAUCCGGAGACUGGCAGAGAAGCAGUGUGUCAUUCUCGUCUCGACUCACAAAGGCCUGCCUACGCAGCUGGCCAAGGAAGGCUAUUAUGUCGCCCUGGUAUACCCUGUAGAUGGACUGGAUGCAAAACGCGAAUGGCUGCGCAGGCUGGAAAAACGAGAGGAAGGCGGUAAAGAGUCUAGGCUCUACAAAAUUGCCGAGCAGAACUGGGAGCCGUGGUAUGGAAGGACCGCCGGCGAAGAAGCCACCAGCAGAUGGAAUCUCCAGAACGACCAGUACUUGACUUCUAUCUUUGAGGACAUACACGCCAACUUCCAAGAGUUCAAAGCCCGCGAACGCCAGCACGGCGGAGGAUGA